UAUAGUCUAGUCUAUAGUCUAGUCUAUAGUCUAGUCUAUAGUCCAAUCUAUAGUCUAUUUUAGUUCGAAAAAAUUAUCAUAUGGGUGGUAUCAUAUGGUUGGCCUAGCCCGACUAUACUAUCCUAAUUGUUUUAAUUUUUGAUUCAUUACCGCAUUUGACUCAGCAAAGUAAAUGAUUUAAAUGGUAUUUUUUAUUGUUGAUAAAUAUAAAUUAAUAUAUAUGUAUUGAUGUUUUGACAAGUCUUAAGAAAAUUACAUUUACAUGAUUACUUAGUUGAGGUUCGGUGUCUCGGCAUAACGGUAUAGUUUUGUUUAAAAAAGAAAUAACAUUUUAUAUAAUCAUCAAAAUAUGAAGUGCUGCAGUCGUUCUACACUUGGUAUGAUCAUUGGCGGCCUAAAUGUUGUGGCCUAUUUUGCUGCUGCCAUUUAUUUAAUCUAUACUAUGGUGGUAAUUAAUUCGAAUGAUAAACCAGACGUGACCUAUUUUAAUGUAAUAUAUGCUCUAUUAAUAUUAUUUUGUUGGGCAAUGUUUGCCAUAUCUGGUCUACUUAUAAUGGGUAUUAUGAAGAGACGUCACAAAAUGAUGAUUCCUUGGUUGUUACUGGGUGCCAUUGGCUUCGUUAUAAAUUCAUUACGUUUGUCCUAUGAGUUAAUUGUUUCCAUGACCCAUGGAGUUGGUGCUGGUACAGUUAUAUCGAUAUUUUUUUCUAGUUUAUUGGGUCUUGGUCUUUCUGCUUUAAUAAUUUGGCUUAUUUAUACUUUGUAUAAGGAUAUAGAAAAGGAGAACAUUUUAAAGCCAACUCAAGUUAAUUAUCAGACUAAUACACAUGGGUGCUAAAUACUUUCAGCAAUUAAAGAUUGUUUAUAUUUUUUAUUUAAGAUUAUUCUCAGCCCUCAUUACCUAUUUAUUCCUUUUUGUAACCCUAAAAAAAUCCUAAAUUACAAUAAAAAUAUAAUGUUUUAUA